GGUGCGGAUGUGUAAUAUAAAAUUUGUUUACAAAAAAUAGAAAUAACGUUUGAAUAAAAAUAAAGUUAAAAAAAAAAGAAAAAUUGUGUUAACCUAUUUAAAGUGCCAUUGUUUUGAAUUAAUAUAAUUAUUAUUAUAAAAAAAUAUAUUUAAAAUAAAUAUAUAUAUAAUAAAUUAAUAGAAUACCAACCAAUUACACUUAAAUUAAUUGAUUUAAAUUAAUAUUUAAUAAAUAAAUUAAAAAAAAAAAUCAAAUCCUUGUGGCUUAAGCUUAUUUAACAAAUUAUAAUUUGUAUUUUGUAUUUAAACGUGUGUCUGUUAUUAAAUAAGUGUCAAUUUUGUUAAUUGGUAUUCUGUAACAAAAACAACAAAAUAUAUAUUGAAAAAAAUAAAAUAAAUAAUUAAAUUAAACGCCAUACAAUCCACUUUCCCUUUCGAGAAGCCUACAAAUAAUGGAAUUCGUCCUGUAAUUCUACACCAAAAAAAAAUUUAGUGAUUGCAAAACAUUUAUUAACUUCGAUAAGUAACUCAUGUGCAAGUUUUUGGUGUGAAUGUUGGCAACAGUGGAGUGGCACGUUGGUUUAGCCUGUACUAGUAUCAGGGUAUAAAUACGAAAUAAAUAAAACGUAAACUGAAAAAGAAACCAAAAAGAAAAAAAUUAACAAAAAAAUAUGAAUGAAUGACAAUCAAAUACGACAAUUGAAGGAUUUUAAAGGUGGUCGCGUCAAUGGUCACAGAUUAAUAUUGACAAUGGUCUAUUGGUGUCCACAUUGUCAUGAAAAUGGACAGUUGCCACCACCAUCCUCUAAGGGGAUGUCGGGGUGUGAUCAAAGCACUGUCGAAUCAUUGGCUGAAGAUCCAACAGGUUCACCAUUUGAGGUCGAUGAUUGUCUUAAGGUUCGAAAAUAUUAUUGCUUUCUGCUCUCCAGCAUUUUCACAUUUCUCACUGGAUUAUUCAUCGUUAUAUGUUGGAGGGCAUUCGCAUUUAUAUGCUGUCGCAAAGAGCCCGAUUUGGGACCAAACGAUCCCAAACAAAAAGAGCAGAAAGCAUCACGAAACAAACAAGAGUUCGAAGGAACUUUUAUGACAGAAGCAAAAGAUUGGGCUGGUGAGCUUAUAUCAGGACAAACCACAACUGGUCGUAUAUUG